AUGAGCGAAAUACGUCAAAAGUACUGGGUGCCAUCACUGCGUCAACUAUUAAACAGCAUCCAGAGCCACUGUUCCGCCUGCAAACUUCGUCGAGCCAGGCCACGUCAACCCCAGAUGUCUGCCUUACCGAUGGAGAGGGUGACCCCAUACGUUCGAGCCUUCACAUACACAGGACUUGAUUAUUUUGGCCCAGUAAGUGUUGGAAUCCGCCGUCAACGUGAGAAAAGGUGGGUUGCUCUUUUUACCUGCUUUACAACCCGUGCCAUCCACCUGGAGAUUGCCACAGACCUAUCCAGCGAUGCUUGCCUGAUGUGUAUCCGCAACUUCAUUAAUAGAAGAGGUGUCCCUGUAUCCAUAAGAAGCGACAACGGGACCAAUUUUGUUGGCAUAGCAAAGGAAUUACAAGGUAUUGAUAUGUUUUUGGAUACUAAUAGUCUCUCUUCAGGUUUGACGGCACUGGGCAUCAAAUGGAUAUUCAACACUCCGUUGAAUCCAAGUGAAGGCGGCGUAUGGGAACGGCUUGUGCAGUCCGUGAAGAAGGCAUUGUACAUCAUGUUGAAGGAGCAGGCUCCAAAAAUCGUUUCUAAUCGAAGCAGAGAACAUCAUCAAUUCGAGACCCUUGACUCAUCUACAUGUGACUCCCGAAGACCCGGAACCAUUGACCCCGAAUCAUUUUCUGCUUGGGUGCACUAA